GGUGAGCCAGAGAGUCGGAAGCUUCAAACCUGCGCCUGUUGAGAGAGUGGGGGAGGUUGGUAGUAUCAGCUGUUGGUGAUCAAGAGAUUAAAAUAUCCUACUUGGAUGCUGGGGACUUGUCUGAAGUGGAUUUAUAGGUUUACUGUGUUCUGGAGAACGCCGGUGUCUUGGGAGAGGAGUUCAUCUGGUGUUAUGUAGACUGUGAUGUGUUGGAGCUGCCACUUGCCCUGUCUGCUGCACUGGAUCAGCCUCAGGUGUUUUGGCCUUUAGUUGCUAUGGGAGAUUGGAGGACAGUAAUGCCUGAGUCUUCACUGGGGAGCGCAGAUGCAUCUUUGUCUUCCUCUAGACCUGCAAUGUCUCCCCUGGGGCUUGAUAUUCCCUCCUCGAUACAGUGCUCUCUUCUGUCUAAGCACUCGUAUAACAUUUUAGGUGCUUUUUGUACAGAGGACAAUGUUGCCCAGUGCAUUUCAUAUGUUAAUCAGGAGCUUUCUUCACUUGGCUUUGCUGCUCUGUGCAGUGACUCCAAUGGGAAGAGAGACCUGAGCUUGGUGACUGUGCUCAAUGUUAUGUAUGAGCUGCUGCAGCUCCACCGCAGAGGACUUCGCUCCCUGGAGGACAUGGAGACUGAGCAGCUGAAGUCCAGUAGUGACCUGGACCACCUCCAUGUCAGCAACUCCCGUCUGAAGGAUCAGCUUGAACAACUGAGAAGGGAAAAUACAGCACUACAUGAGAGAGAACGUCAGAUGCAAUUGAAAAUCAAGAGUUUACAAAAUUGUUUAAAAAAUGAUAAAGAAGAGAUACAGAAGCUUCAAAAUAUAAUAGCAAGUCGUGCGACUCAAUAUAACCAUGAUAUGAAGCGGAAGGAGAGAGAAUACACCAAACUGAAGGAACGCUUGCAUCAGCUUCUGAUGGACAAAAAAGAUAAAAAGCUGGCUAUUGAAGUUCUAAAUUAUGUUGGAAGAUCUGAUGGGAAGAGAAGCCUUUGGAAGACUGGAAAGACUGAAGCCAGAAAUGAAGGUGAAAUGUACAAAACCCUGCUAAGUGAUUAUGAGUGUCGACAAAAGGAUUUGAUGGGCGAAAAUGCAGAGCUGAAGAAAGUUCUACAACAGAUGAAAAAAGAAAUGAUGUCUAUUUUAAGUCCUAAGAAACUCAACUUGAAGGAGAAAGUUGAAGAUAGCCUAGAACAAGCUUUGUCUGAUAAUGAUGAGGAGGGGGGGGAUCACAGCCGAGAGGUUCUGGAGUUGUCGUGUGAGCACGCAAGGGAGCAGCUCACCAACAGCAUCCGCCAGCAAUGGAGGAGACUCAAGAAUCAUGUGGAGCAACUAGAUAACCAAGCAUCCUUGGUGCAGAAGGGGGCUCAGAUUGAUAAGGAUGUAAUUGCAAGAGAAAUCCAUGAGGAGGAAAUGGAAAAGCUGAAACUGGAAAUCCAGCAAUGUAAAGACUUCAUUAAAAAUCAACAGCAGCUCUGGCAGCAACAGCUGACCUGUCCAUGUGAUGAUGAGACUGCUGCUCUACUGCAUGAUUGUUACCUAUUGGAGGAGAAGGAACGAUUGAAGGAGGAGUGGGAUCUCUUUGAUGAGCAAAGGAGAAACUUUGAAAAAGAGCGUAGAAAUUUCACAGAAGCUGCAAUUAGAUUAGGCAAUGAGAGAAAAGUUUUUGAAGACGACAGGGCAACAUGGUUAAAACAACAAUUUUUGAACAUAACCCCAUUUGCAGACCGUAAGAGACCCCAAACUUCAAAAUCUCAGAGUGCUUUAUCUGUCAGUACAGAGACUGAAUUGUGGAAUGGCCAUACUCCAGCACAGCUGACCAAAUCUGUGUCUCACACUGGUGGUACACCUAAAUCUGCCACUUCCAAGAUGCCAUCAACAGUAGAGCUCUACCGCACGUUACGCCUCAUUCCAGACCCAAGUUCAUCCAGAACACUGCCAAAGAAAGGAAGUUGGCAGGACUCCAACAUAAUUCAUACUAGUGAAGUGUUAAAUAAAUCGAGACAUUCCACUGGAUCUGAUGACAAUAGUAUUUAUUCUCUAGCAGGAGAUGAGAAUACUCCAAAUUAAGACUUUGAAAUUGGAAAAUGUUUUAUUUUUUUAGAGGGUUUUUUUCCUUAAAUCACAGCAUGUCAACAAUGGAUUAGAUGCUACAAAUACCAUGAAUUCAGUUUUGUUAUCUCUAUUAACUGAUUUUAUGUAACAAUUAAAUAAAAUGCCAAAAACCUGUUACUUUCUUUUCUCCUGAAAGUGUAUAGAUUAUAAAUUUUACAGUAUUUCUGAAUUAUUUUUUACUAUUUUUAGCUUUUUUUUUGUUGCUUGGUUUCUUAUGUAAGAAUACUGGCUCAUUAAAGUCCUCUGGUACAUUUGGGGGAAAAAAGAUAUGUUGGAGCAUGGAAUACUAGAUUGUUGCUUGUAUUUUAAUAACCUGCAACCUCAAUUGGUGUAAUCUGUAAGUAGAUCUCUUCUGUAUAUUUCAGAGAAAUUGAGCUUGAAUGUGUAUUUGCUUUUCAGUGUGAUGUGGAUUUUUGUUGAGUGAGUAGUUUUGUACUUUGAGUUAAGAUUUUCUAAUUUAAUUUUGUAACUUUCUUAGGCAGUAAUGAUCAAGUUUCUUUAAUGAGACUGUCAAUAAAUCCAUAGGUUUGGUAUUUUAAA